UCUACCAUCGCAUCCAGCACCAGUAUAAAAUUCAUUGCAGGAACACCAAAUCUAAUCCCUAUAUAAACAUAUAUUUUAUAGAUUCCAUUUCAUUUUCUUACCUGUCUGAACAUGAAAUAAAAAUGGAUGAACGCUCUCUGUAUGGCAGAGCCACCACCAUAAUCAGCUCUCUCUCUCUCUAUAUAUAUAGUCACACAUACACAUACACAAAUAUAGAUUUUCUCUCUCCGUAUGGCGCAGGCGGAGGUGUAUGUGCCUCGGCCUCUGCAAGUAUGGAGAGCUCUGAUGAAUUGGCUGUCGUUUUUCUUCCAAAUCUGCCAUCAGAUCGUGAGGUUCACGCCUUCCCUGGCUCAGAUUCUCUCUUACAUAGGCCUUCGGCACUCUCUUCUCUCAUCUUCUUCUCCUUCCUUCAAGCCCUUGCCUUGCGUUGAAAUUCCCCUAACACCGGCGGACGUUAGCGUCGAUAACGUCUGCGAUGAUGGUGGUGGCGGUGGCGGUGGCGAUGAUCAGCACAUUGAGAAGCUAACGGUAGUUCUUGACUUAGAUGAAACCCUAGUAUGUGCAUAUGAAACAUCUAGCUUACCUGCCAUUGUUCGUACUCAAGCAAUAGAAGCUGGGUUAAAGUGUUUUGAGUUGGAAUGUGUAUCUUCAGACAAGGAAUGUGAAGGUAAACGUAAGGUCAGUUAUGUGACUGUCUUUGAGCGACCAGGUUUGCACGAGUUCUUAAAACAGAUUGGUGAAUUCGCUGACCUUAUUUUGUUCACAGCUGGUCUUGAAGAUUAUGCUAGACCACUUGUUGAUAAAAUAGAUGUGGAAAGGCGGUUUGCCUUUCGUCUUUAUCGGCCUUCAACAGUCAGCACGGAAUUUCGAGAAAAUGUCAAGGAUCUGUCUUGUUUAUCAAAGAAUCUUGGUCGAAUAGUUAUUGUUGAUAACAAUCCAUUCAGUUUUUUGUUGCAACCAUCAAAUGGAAUACCAUGUGUUCCAUUCUCUGCUCGACAACCACACGAUGAACAGCUUUUAGAUGUCAUCCUUCCACUCCUCAAGAACCUGUGUGUGCAGAAAGAUGUCAGGUCUGUACUUUCUGAAAAGUACCACAUGCAAGAAUGGUUUCAAACGCAUGGAAUUUCUACACACUUUUUGACAGCAUAAGAUGAGAAUCUUCCCAAGUCACUUGAGCUGGUACGCGCCGUGUGAAUGUGUGAUGUUGCUAAAGUUGCUUCUGCAGCUCCUGCUAAACCAAUAGCUACAUUUAUUAAAGACGUCCAUUUUCACUCCAGUUCGUUUGUAAUUCAUUCUUCCCUGAUUAGGCCAUAGCAAAUUAUUUUAUAAAAAAUUGGCAAUAUUUGUCAAGAAUUAUUAAGGUUUAUAAAUAUGAGUAGUCUCAGAAUCCCCGGUGUAA